AUUUGGCUUUUUUCUAUGUUAUGUCUCUUUCUUGAGACCUUUUAUUUUAGGUACGGUUGCAUGUUGGUGCCUUUCCUGCUGCCAUCUUGUCUCAUGACUUGUUGCUCAGUGUCUAGGUUCUAUCCAAAUUGGAUGUUUAGCAUGCAAAAUAUUUUUCAUCCAAGAAAAUACAUGUAUUGUCAUGUUGAUACUUGGAUAUAACCUUGAUUAUAUUUUGGGCAAAUUGUAGAAGUCAAUGUGUUUUCUCUUUAAUUUAUUGAUUUAAAUCUUGAGCUAUCGUAACAAGCUCUUCUCCUUUCAAUGAAAAAUAAGCAUGUGCAUUGUGUGAUGUUGGAGAGAUGAUUCUUAAUUGGUGGAUGUUAUUGAUUCAUUGUAGCGAUGUUCACUCCUUGUGCAAACAGUAAGCUGAAGCAUAAGAGGGAUAAAAAACAAACUGAAACCCAAUGUUGGGAGGAGGAAGAGCAAGAGAAUCAUGGUAACAAGAUCCUUGAAGACCCUUCUCUCAAGGGGGGUCUUAUUAAAAAGACAAAGCUUCAGGAGUGUGAUGAAUCAAUGGGGCCCGAAGAAGAUGGUACUACAAUGAUGGGGCUUGCAGGAAUUCCUGUAGCACCUUGCUACCGGGGAUCAAAAGGUGGAAUCUAUUUUGUUCUUCAAAAUGCCUCGCUGGUUGCUGCUUAUGUUGGGAAGAGGUAUCAGAUUUUGAAUCCAGACGAGCAUGCCAAUUUCCUGCGAAGGAAAAACAAGAACCCCUAUGAUUAUAGGCCUGAUAUUGUGCAUGAGGCCCUUCUUCAAAUUAUGGGUAGUAGGCUUUGCAUGGCCGGUAGGGUACAUGGUGUAUUCAUUAAAACUGAUGAAGGAAUACUUAUCCGAGUGGAACCAAACACCCAGAUACCAAAGACUCUGGGAAGCUUUUGCAACAUGAUGGCUGAGCUACUGCAAAAGUUCAGCAUCAAAUCAAAGGGUAAUCGUGGAAAACUUUUGCGCCUAAUUGAAAAUCCUGUAACUCAACACUUACCCGUUAACUCUCGUAAGAUUGGGCUUUCCGUCAGUUCACCUAAGGCUGUUCAAAUUAAUGACUAUGUCGCCGCUGCCAAUCAUGAUGAGAACCUUGUGUUUGUGGUUGGUGCAAUGGCUCAUGGAAAGAUAGAUGCUGAAUAUGUUGAUGAUCUUAUAUCAGUUUCUGCAUUGCCCUUGAGUGCUGGGACAUGUCUGAGACGUAUCUGUGUUGCGUUGGAGAGGAAUCAGAAGAUUCACUGAUUAACAUAUCUACUUUAUUUUUUGUACAUAUUGGUAACAUCUCCAAUUCUGCUAACUAUAGGCCCAAGGGGUUAGCUCGGUAAAAUUGUUCUUAGUUUAUUAUUUGUUUGUAUCGUAUUCUGGGAACAAUUCUUUUUCAGUUGUUUUUGGGCUGUUUAUCUCCCGAGAAUGCAAAUGACACUUGAUGCACUCGCUCUCUUUUAGCCACUUGUAACCAGUAAUUGCUUUGAGGCUGUUUAUCUCCCAAGAAUCUUAACAAUUGUCAUGUU